AUGGGAGCGCAUCUAUACAUACAGGAAGUGGCUUCUCGCCAACGUGUUCAAAGAUGGAACUAUAGUAGUUCUUCCAAUGACAAAGGCAAACCCAAUAACCGAGAGAAUCCACCACCUCCCUUCGCACUAUUAAGUGGUUAUUCUCCUCUCUAUCUAUCGCCGAUCGCUGGUACUCCUGAGGUUACUGCUCCGAUUGGUGAAAUCACAUAUUCUUCACAGACGACACAGCGAGAGGAACCGCUUCAGAUUAGCGUUUUGGUUGUGUCUUGUCCAGGUACGGAUCUUGAUUUCAUUGAUCUUGUGCAUGAGGCUUUGAAGACAGGAGGAAAACCUAUACAUGUUGCUGUCGGUAGGUCGAUUUUGGGGUACUCAUCUCGAGAUAGUACUGGGGUUUGA